AGUAUAACCAGACAGUAAACUAACAUAACCUGACACGUUGUCCUGUUAUUAUAGUGAGACGCACGUGACAAUAGCAUAUUUACAUCUAUUUAUUUUAAACUGAACAGAAUUUUUUAUUCUGAAAGGUUAUUUUUUACUAUUAGAAUUAGAAUGUGCAGAAAAGUGUUGUGGUGAUAAUACAUACCCAAAAUCGGCGGGCGAUCUUCAACGAAACACUCAUGACUGCUAAGGAGGAACCGGUCGUCGGAUUCGGCGAUGCCGAGACCAGGGAUGAUACGAAAAAAUUGACCGCAAAAAAAUCCGGCGGUUUUGAAAAUAUGGGCUUGAGUUUUCCAGUUUUGAAAGGAGUCAGGAAAAGAGGAUAUAAAGUUCCAACCCCGAUACAGAGAAAGACGAUACCUUUGGUGAACGUCGGACGGGAUGUGGUCGCUAUGGCGAGAACUGGAAGUGGAAAGACGGCGUGUUUCAUUGUUCCGAUACUGGAGAAGUUACAAACCCAUAACAAGAAGAGUGGCAUUAGAGCAAUCAUCUUGUCUCCAACGCGAGAGCUGGCAUCGCAAACACUCAGAUUUGUGAGGGAGCUGGGAAAAUUCACUGGUUUGAAAUCAUCAAUUAUUUUGGGCGGCGACUCACUAGAAUCAAAUUUUUCUCUGAUGCAUGAUCAUCCAGACAUAGUUGUGGCGACACCGGGAAGAUUUUUGCACUUGUGUGUUGAAAUGGACCUCAAAUUAAAUGAUGUGCAGAUCGUUGUGUUUGACGAAGCCGACAGACUCUUUGAGAUGGGAUUUGGUGAACAACUGCGUGAAAUUAUUCAACGUCUUCCAGAAACACGACAGACGCUUUUGUUUUCUGCGACGCUUCCAAAAGUCCUUGUUGAAUUUGCACGUGCUGGACUUUCUGAUCCAAUUCUAUUAAGGUUGGACGUGGAAACGAAAAUACCAGACACUUUAAAACUAUCUUUUAUUUCUUGCCGUUCAGAAGAAAAGCCUGCAGUCCUGAAAUGUUUGCUAAGAGACUUCGUCAAAACUGAUUCUUUGACAAUGGUAUUUGCCGCGACAAAACACCAUGUUGAGUAUAUUCAUAAGCUUUUAGAAAAGAGUGGGAUACCGAAUACAUUUAUAUAUUCAGAUUUACACUCGACAGCGAGGAAAAUAAACGUAGCUAAAUUUCAAACGAAAAAAGUCAAAGUGCUAAUAGUAACAGACAUUGCAGCUAGAGGAAUUGACAUUCCCCAUCUGGACUUUGUCAUAAAUUACAAUUUUCCGUCAAAACCAAAAUUGUUCGUUCACAGAGUUGGCCGAUGUGCGAGAGCUGGUCGUGAAGGGAGAGCUUUGUGCUUAGUCAGUAGCGAUGAGGUUUGCUACAUGGUAGAUCUACAUUUAUUCCUGGGCCGGCCUUUGACACUAGUACCUCCUGGUAUAGGCUUGGAGGACGACGGUGCACUAGGAAAAGUACCACAAUCUGUACUAGACACUGAAUUGAGCGAACACGAUUCAUGGCAUGCCGAAGGAUCAGAUUUGGCAUCAACGAGGCAUGUUGCUGAAAAUGCAUAUAAACAAUACAUCAGAUCUCGCCCAGGCGCCUCUCCCGCUAGUGUAAAACGAGCGAAAGAAAUUAAUCUUGUGUCGCUUGGUGAUCAUUUUCUGUUUCGAAAAGUUUUAACGGAUGAUUACAAAAUGAGAGAAGAAAUGAUAUCAGGCAUCGGCAACUACAGGCCAAAAGGGACUGUGUUUGAAAUUGGAAAUUCUUCUACUUCUGAAAAAUAUUUGGUUAUGAAAUCAAAAAGAAAAGCGCACGAAAUGAGAGUAGUAGAAUACAAAAAGAAGAAGGAAGACAAAAUGGCAGAAAGCAUUGCUGUUUCAAAUAUAUCUUCUGUAAAACUGGAACUGAGCAACUCUGAGGAUAUAGGAUCAACAUUUAGUAAAGUAAUUCUAGGGAAAAAAAGCAAGGAUGACAGAUUGAAUCCUUCGAAAAAGUUUAAAACGACUAUUGAUAAAGAAAAUUUCAUAUCCUACAGACCUUUGGAUCAGCACACUGAAGCUGGACUAGCGAUUAAUAAUUUUCAAAAAGACGUUGCAUCCGCUGGACUCGAAUUAACAGGUGACACUGAAUCUGUUAUGAAAAGCUCAAAAUCCACAAAAGUUUGGGAUAAAAAGAAGAAAAGAAUGGUGGAAAAGGUGAACGAUAAAAAGACGAUGAUCAAGUCAGAAUCGGGUGCGUGGAUCCCUGCCAGUUUUAAAUCAGGAAGGUACCAACAGUGGGUCGAGAGGAGCAAAGUCAACACCAACCAAGAUGAAAGCGACGAAGAUGAAAACGCCAAUUCGAAUGUGAGAAGAAAGCAGCCAAACACGCAUUGGGCAAAGCAUAACAGGAAAAUGGAAUUGAAGAAAAAAUCCCUAUUAAAACGUCCAGAGCAAAUACUGAAAGCCAGGCAGGCUUUGGAAAAGAAAAAGAACAGGCAUGGACGUCAUAAAAAGAAAAAAGGAAAAUAAAUUUUGCUUAUCUUGUAAAAAC